AGUCACAGGUUCCUUUGUGAGGCUGAUCAUUUUUUACAGCUGUGGAAUUUGCUGACUACGUCCCCCUGUCCGUUUUCCGGGACAUUCCCUUUCAAAAGGCCGUUGGUAGGUUGUUAUGUAUUAGCCAUCUCUAUGGUUUUCCAUUGGUCUUUUUAAUAAGGUAUCUAUUUUAUGAGGUCUUCUUCCCGAGGGAAACAUCUAACUGCUUCCCAAAUUAUCUCCCUGGAAUUGGCUGUUCCUGGAAUUUAAUUUCCCAGCGAUCUCUUCUGCAAAUAGAUUUGGUUCCAGUUUGGCUCGAGCUGCAGUCAUCUGCAGGGGUGCUGAAGAUACCGUACGUCUUACAACGUCCGCCAAAGUGUCGACCAAAGUGCAGUGGAGAUAUGAGACUAAAAUAUUUAUAGUGAACCAUUGUCUCCAGCCCCCAUAACUUUAUUCCUUUCCGAGAUAAAUCUGGAGUGGUCAUGCAACCCUGACAUUGGUGGAAAACGAUUUUGCUCAAGGCGGGAAAGACCAGAUCUCGUGGAGAUUGCCCGGAUGCUUAGUUCUCGCGCAUGGUAGCGUAUCACGGUCCUGGUGCAAGUGGGAUUUCGGCAGGUGAUACGAUUAUCGGAGAUAAACGAUCACAUCCAUAUUUAGCAGUGGAUGGCAAGGGGCCCCAGGGAGGGCCCAAUCACGGUUAACAGGUGGCGCAAGCAACCGUAAUGAAGCCAUUAUCAUGUGGGUAGUGCUGGCCUGCAGCAGUUGGGUCCGGACCAGAGAUGCAUCGGCUGGCAGCAUGCCACUCUUCCAGGGAGCUUCUCUUCAGCUUUGGAAUGUUUCUGCAUAAAUCGGGACCUUUGUGUGUGUGUGUGGAUAUUUUUGAGUGGGAGUUGUAAACGGACAACGUGGCCGCAGGCGAAGGAACCAUGGAAGACGAUUACGUGGAAGAAGAAGAGGAAAAUUUGCACUGGGAAGAGGAAAAUUACUUGCUGGACCUGGAAAAUGAAAUUGCUGAGUUCUCCCAAAGGGUGGCAGCCAUCCAGGAACAAAAUGCCUCGCAGAUUCAAUCAGUGUGUGAGACCUUCAGGGAGAGGAACAGGGCCAUGAGAAAAGACUGGCAUGAAUAUCCAGACAGUUUAUUUGAAUGCUGGGACGUCCUGCUAGAAGAGGUAGAGUCAGAUGCACAAGUGUCCCAGGAACUAGCCAGCUCAUUGGUGCAGAAUGUUAGUCAACCCCUGGGGCAGUUGGCAGAGUCCAACAGGGGACAGACCCGGAAAAUGCACAGAUUUAGGGACGCCUACGAAACACAUAUAGAAAAGGCUGAAGCUGAGCUGCAAAGGGUACACAAAGAAUAUACAGAAGCCUGGUUAAAAGCCAAACAUGACUCCAGAGAAUCCCACAGAAGCCACUACCUCUCCGUGUGCCACAACCUCCACAAUGCCUACCUACUCCAGCUGACAGCAGUCAACACCUUCAACCAGGCUUUCUACACUAGAGCUCUUCCAGAAAUGGUGGAUGACCUUGAAGAUCUUCAUUUAGAGAUGUUGACUGCACUUUCUAUGUUCCUUGGAAGAUAUGCCAAAACUGCACAAACCAAGGCUUUAGAGAAGAGUAACAGAAUGGACAUGUUGGUGCAAGCCUGUAGGACGUUACCCAACAAAACAGACAUCAAAGAGCUUACAGCAAACUUUGCUCCUGACCAACCCCAGAGGCCAAUCCACAGAUACACCAAACCAGAGCCAGAGGCCAGAGCGGACUUCCUGCAAAAUGCAUUGGUGCUAAGUGAUGCGACAGAGCCUGCCUUGUGGAGGAAGUAUGACAUGCUCAAGAAAGAAAUUGAAGACUUAGAGAUCCUUGUACAACACACUGAUGAUGCAAUAGCUUCUUUAGAGUCCCUGUAUAGAAGUCACACAGAGAUGCAGCUAUACAGUAAAGCCCGAGAGACCCAGGAAGACAUCACCAAGAAGAAAAGUGACAUCAGGAUGGCAGAGGCACAGCUGUCUGUGUGUAGGGCCCAGAUGAAACUGUUUUCCCCAAUAUUCGGUGGACCCAACCCUGAGGACGACCACUACAACCACAGGCGUAAGAGGAGGCCCCACCAUGACCGCGACCGUGAUCGCGACCAUCCUUCCCGCGGCUCGCGAGACACGCGGGAGCCCCCGGAAUACUCCCACCGCGACCAGCAAGACUAUGCACACGGGAACAGUAGGGAACGGGACAGGGAUAGGGACAUGGGACACUCUCCACAGAUGCAAAACCGCGCCCCGCACUCCCCGCGAUCGCAUCAGCGUCAGUACAGCAGCCACCAGCAGCUGAGUAGCCACGAUCAGAUCGACCACCCCAGGAGGGAUCAUCACUACCGCGGAGGGGAUAACCCCAGGAGUUACGAUCACCAGGGACCGCCACACUCCCCGCAACCCCGACACUCCUCCAGACAACAGUUCAACAUCGAUAACAUUGGACAAGCCCAUCAGUUUCAGGAAUAUACCUACAAGAAACCCACCUUUUGUGACCAGUGCAAGGAAUUACUUAGAGGAAUCAUGAAACAAGGCGUCCGAUGUAAAAACUGCAAGAUGAACGUGCACCACAAAUGUCAAGACAGCGUCCCCUCAUGUACCGGACAAGCGCCCCCCUCACCAGCCGACCUGGAGCCUGGACAAGGGAAGGGGUUACGGAGACAAAAGAGUAGCUCCGACAUUGAUUACAAGGCACGGCUGGCCUUUGGCAAGGAUGGGCCCCCCUCAUCCACACUAAGCUCUGUAGAAAACCCGAGUAUAGACGGGGAGGGGGAAGGUGAAGGAGGGCUUGACCCGGUGUUCCACUCUCUACAAGUUGCCAAGAUGAUUUCCGCAGCCAACAGGAAGGGGAUCUCCACGUCCAACCCUGCCAGUCCCAAGGCCAGGCGAAGUGGUACGUCCACAGCUGCCUUGUCGUCUGUAGGGAGAGCGCAGAGCAGUCCCGUGAAGACUGACAACGCAGCGAAACCCGUGGACGACAAGCAGAAGGCACAGCCACAGAGAGGGCAGUCUGAUCCUGGGAGUGGUGGAGACACAUCAAAGUCCAAUGGCAAGGUGGUUUCUACUGGCACUGCUGUAAUGCAACCCGAGGAACAAAAAACCAAGUAUCCGUUCCCCGUCCUGAAUCUCGCGGUAUCGCUCCAUGAUUGGCCGGGCAGGAGUGAGAAGGACCUGACGCUCAGACCUGGUGACCGGGUCCAGAUCACGGACGACACUGACACCACCUGGUGGAAGGGUAAAUGCAGCGGCAAAAUCGGCUUCUUCCCUGCCAACUAUGUCUUGAAAGUGGCACCAGGUGCCGAGGUGUUACAGUGUACAGAAACGUUCGGAGGAAAUCCUAAGUAUGGAGAAAUAGAAAUGACGAAGGGGGAUAUUUGUGUGCAGUUGUCUGAUGAAGGUAACGGCUGGUUCCAGGUGCAAACGGAGACCACUAAAGGUUCUUUCCCCGCCAAGUACCUACUGGCCAUAUAGAAAGAAACACAACUCAUCAGUCUUCGGAUUUUGCAACUUCCUCUUCCAAUCAACGCAUUUUUCGUUCCCUUUUCAUCAUAAAAGUAUCGAUAGAAGAGCGGGGAAACUCUGCUGCAAGCGACCAUCUACUCACUUGGGAGUGCUGCUUUUUCGGACGAAGAAUACGCGCUUACUGUUCAAUUCAAGACGUCAAAGUUGGACCGAGAUUCGUUGAGAAGAAAUUUUGUAGGAGGCACUGACUGUUGCAAUAUAAGUCUUCCUCUACACGUAGCAAAGAUAAAUGAAUAAAAUUGACAUUUGUACAGUUAAAAUUACUGCGGCAACGUAAUGCAACAACGCUGGAGCCUUCACGCAAUGUGAAAACAUCACUGAUGUGUUGAUUGUUUUUAAUGUGUUACAGUUCGACUUUCUUGCAUUCUUGUACGCUUUUAAUUUUGAUUUAAGACAUCUUCCAUUGUUUCAUGUCCAGUUGGGUCCGUUGAUAUUAUCCACAGAGGUCAUAGGGCUGGAGCCUUGGAUAUUAUCUUCA